ACACGUUUCCUCGAUAUUAACACCACCGCUCCCCACCAACGCACCACCAUGCAUUAGGGGAGAGAGAGCUCAUACCAAUUGACCUCGCACCCUUCUUUUCCUCUACCAUAACAACAAUGUCUCUCCGCACUCCGGUCGCGCGCCUCAGCACGCGCGCAUCGCCCGUCCAGAUCUCCCGCUUCGCCGCCACGCCCACCUCGACCCUCCGCCAACACCAGCACCUACAGCAACAUGGCGCGGCGCGGCGACGCAUGGCCACAGUGCCGCCCGUCACGCAGGACGCCAAGGGCUCCAAGGGCCCGACGGCCAUGGUCUUCAUGAACAUGGGCGGCCCCUCGACGACCGACGAAGUCGGCGACUUCCUCAGCAGGUUAUUCUCCGACGGCGACCUUAUCCCCCUCGGGCGCAUGCAAAACUACCUCGGGCGCUUCAUCUCGGUGCGCCGCACCCCCAAGAUCCAGAAGCAGUACGCCGAGAUUGGCGGCGGCUCGCCGAUCCGCAAGUGGAGCGAGCACCAGGCGGCCGAGAUGUGCAAGAUCCUGGAUGAGAUAUCGCCGGCGACAGCGCCUCACAAGCCGUACGUGGCGUUCCGGUACGCGAACCCGCUGACCGAGGACAUGUACGCGAGGCUGUUCGAGGACGGGUUUGGCAAGGGGAGGGGUGGUCGUGCGGUUGCGUUCACCCAGUACCCGCAGUACAGCUGCAGCACGACGGGCUCGAGCCUGAACGAGCUGUGGAAGUGGCGAAGCAGACUGGAGGGCAAGCGCGCGGAUGAGGACAACAACAACGGCGUGGCUGAGGCGGACGGCAGCAUCACUUGGAGCGUCAUUGAUCGCUGGCCGGUGCAUCCGGGGCUGGUCGAGGCGUUUGCGCGCAACAUCGAGGCGACUCUGAAGGAGUACCCCGCCGAGGUACGGGAUAAGGUCGUGCUGCUGUUCAGCGCGCACAGCUUGCCCAUGAGCGUGGUGAACCGGGGCGACCCCUACCCCGCCGAAGUGGCCGCGACCGUGUACGCCGUCAUGCAGCGCCUGGGAAUGCGCAACCCGUACCGGCUGGUGUGGCAAUCGCAAGUCGGGCCCUCGGCAUGGCUAGGCGCGCAGACGUCGGACACAGUGGCCAACUACAUCAAGAAGGGGCAGAAGGAGCUGGUGCUCGUGCCCAUUGCUUUCACAUCGGACCACAUCGAGACGCUGUUCGAGCUGGACAAGGAGAUCAUUGCCGAGGCCGAGGAGCUGGGCGGCGACGUGCGCCGCGUCGAGAGCCUGAAUGGGAGCAAGGUGUUUAUUCGCGCGCUCGCGGAUAUCGCAAAGGAGCAUUUGGAGAGCGGCCUCGCUUGUAGUAAGCAGAUGGGCUUGAGGUGUCCGGCGUGCACGAGCGAGCGCUGCGCCGAGAGUAAGCGGUUUUUUGCGGGCAUGCAGGAGCGGUUGUAGGGUGCUGCGUUGAUAGGUACAUACAUGUACGCACUGGUUUAGAGGCGUUGCGAGGGGCUGGGUAUGGGUUAUUUCCAUUGAUGUAGGUAGGUGAAUCUUCACUGAUGGUUUAUAAUAACGCGGGUACGCGAAAAAGCUUGUAUAUCUCUAUUGACUCUUCUCUCUGUUUCUUAACCUCAUUUCUAUCCUCUCUCCCUCUCUCUGCUUUAGGAUUCAUGACGGGCGAGGAAGUAGUUAGGCAAAACUGCAUCACGCUCUCCGCACUGCCUAAGGUUUUCAACUUCAAUCCCAAUCCCAAUCCCGUGAUCGAUAUCUGUAACACCGGCACACAGCCAGCACAUAUGACAACAGAGGACGAAUAAAAGGGUCAUGAUCUGGGUACAAAAGGUUAGGGUACUCUAAGGCGGCAGUGCUAGCCAACCUAUCAUGUAUGUCGAA